GUUCAUCCAGACUCUUGAAGAAACUGAGACAGCAGCCAUGACCAAUGCAAUGACAUCCACAGCCCUCCUCGUCUUCCUGGCCAGUCUGCUCCUGGUUAAUGUUGAAGGUCAGGUGGGUCAUUCUAAAGCUCGGUGCCUGUGUCUGAAUGGAGUGGUGGAUAAAAUUGUACAUUUUCGCAUUGAAAACAUUGUUGUGCACAACUCCACCAUCUCCUGCCCGCACAUGGAGAUCAUUGUCACCUUGAAGAAUGGAGCCAAGAUGUGUCUGAAUCCUGAGGCUAGAAUGGGGAAGAAAGUUGCAAACAAAUGGUUGGAAAACCAAAGGAGGGUGUAAUAAAACUGGGAGUAUAAAACCUUCACUGAGACUCUUUCCUGAGAAAAAACUGAAGACUGCCAAUAUCUACCGUGUUUACACUGCGGGAUGGCACCGAGAAGUUGUUUUUCUUUACCGACAAAUGUUGUAAACCUGUAAAAAGAUAUACAGUAACUUAACUAUAGCAGUAUUUGAUUCUUCUAGAAUAAUGAAUUAUGUUUUUUUAUUAUCACAGAUGUUUGUGGUAAAUGUAUGCAAAUGUAAAAAGUAAAACACAUGUAAAUAUGUACACUAUACAUUUCACGAAU